AAAUCAGUUAGGUCACACUGGUUUUAGCGCGAUAUUGAAGCGAGCUCGGCGUUGGAGCAAAUUCAAAUUCUCGUUGUUUUUUUCGAUCGGCGAAGCCCUUGCGAAACUCAAAGGCGGCGCCUAGUGCUGGGAUGGCGGCUUCGAAGCAAGCCACACCCGAAGACGGCAACCUCCAGACAGCUACCUCCGCCCAGAGUGAUGCUCCCAGUGACAAUGCUGUGCUUGAUGAUUCAGCAACAAUGUCAAGUUCGUCGCAAGACAGCAGUAUUAAUGAUGACAAGAACGGCGAUAAGCCUCAAGCAACCAAAGAGGUGGAUGAAGAGUCAGUGGCUGUGCACAAAACAGAACAGGUGUCAAACCGCGCAGAACUCUGCAAUGAAGCUGAGCUCGAGGUGCUCCUUUGUUUACUUGAGCAGCGGCUAUCUGCUCCGACGGGCCCUCCGACAGACGAGCAGAAUCAGCAGCUCUGGGAGAACCUGCACUCUCUUGUACCCAAGUAUAAGGAUCACAUGAAACUCAUGAGGCAACGAAUCACAGAACUCGAGAAGCGCCUAGAGGAUAACCGGCGGGAGUCACUCCACUGGCGAGAACACCACUCCGAAGAGCACAGGCAGAGGUUGGCCUCUGUGAUAGAGGACUACGAGAGGCAACAUGCACUAGCCUUGGAGCGUGCAAGCAACGCAAGACAGCAGGCUGAAAGCUUACUGCUGCAGCUUGCAGAAGCACAGGCAGAAAUUAAACGUCUGGAGGCCGAAAUGCAUUCGAGAACUGAGCAGUUGAAGGGGGACCAUUUGCGGGAGCUUCAAGCACUGGCUGAAGAAAAGGAUGCACAGUUGCGUGCUAAGAGUCGGGAACACCAGGAGGAAGCAGCUUCGUACAAGAACUUGCAGCAGCAGAACCUGGCAGACAAGACAAAGCAUGAGGUGGAAGUGUCAUCUUUCCAGCAUGAAAAAGUUCAGCUUGAAGCGCGGCUCAAGGGCCAGGAAGCUCUCAAUCAGGAUCUCAUGUCUGUUCUCGAGAAGGAGAGAAACCUAAACCAAGACCUUACUGUGGCCAUGGGCCAGCACGAGAAGAAAAUCGCACAGUUGGAACAUCAGGUGUACACGUUGCAGUCGGAAGGGAGGCACAAGGAUAUGCUAAUUGAAGUUCUGAGCAGUAAGGUGUCACGGGAUAUGACAGCAGGAACAGACACUUCCGGGGGUCAUCUGCCCUUGCCACAGACUGACUUCCACAGCACUACGCCCGCCGGCAGUGGCAGCAAGGCCGACAGUGGCGUGCAGGGCAUGUCGUCUGGCAACAGAAGCCACGAAGAGGUGUCCGUAUGCAGCGUUGCUUCGCAAGUGUCACCGCAAGAAGGAUCGAAGUUAGACCAAGAAUUGAAGGAUGUCACGUCGAAGCUUGAUGAGAAAAAGGCUGCCGUGCUUCAAGCAAAGCGACUGCUUCGAAGCACGACCAACGAGCUUCAAAAGUUGACGAAGCUUGCGGAGGAAAGGGCUGAGGUGCUGAGACGACUACAGUCUCGAAUGCAGAGCACCUCAACGGCGUUGUCCACCCCUGGCGGUCAGGAAUACAAAGCCGGCGACGACGAUGCGUGUCACGUCCGCACGACCAGCAGUGGAUUUGUGCCCUUCACCGCAGCUCCUUCCUUCUCGAAGACAGUCAGGAAAGUGUGCUACAGGAAAGCGGUUGCUGCGCCAAAGGAAUCGCUCAGCACUCUCGCAAGCGUGUCUAGCAUACAGAACAACUUUGAAAGUUCUGGGAGUCCACCUCACCUUGAACUUCGCUUGGAGGAGAUGUCGUGUGAUUCUGAUAACGUGUUUGAAUCCACUUGGUUGCGGGAAAAACACUCAACAUUGAAUCGGAGUGCCAUGUCCAAGGCAGCACAUCGUCUGCCUCAGCACUUGUGUAGCACGCUUGAAAUGGAAAGCGUCGAAACACCACACAAACUUGCAGGAGGUUGCUUUCAAUAUUCGCAAGACAAAUCCUACAUGUCAGAUGCUGUUUUUAAAUCUCAUGUCAUCGAUGAUCAGGACCCGAGAUCCGAACGCAUGUUCAGUUUUGGCUGCAAACGGGCAACGUCAGUAUUGGAUCAGUCUUCUAAAGCUGUCACUCCCCUAAGAACCUCCACGGAUGCAGCCGAUACAGAUAAGGUGAACAUGCAUGGUGCUUCUAACGACUUGGAAGACAAGAGCCCCGUACAGAAGGCGAUAUCACGCAGUCCGUGGGAACGAGAUCAGUGCUACAGUAAGAGUUGCAGCAGCCACGUCCUCCAGUCCACGCCCUCGUACGACUUUCCUUUGCUGGGCAAGAGCAAAGUCUGGAAUUACGCGGACUGCGAGAAUCCUGCUUCGAAGCCUGCCUGUAGUAAUGGCAAGUCGUGCAUUUCAAGUGUGCAGAAGAAAGGGGCACGGAGAUCCCUCACAUUCCCCGAGGAAGGAAUUUGUCCUACAGUGCCGUCUGUGCAUUGUUCUGUUGGUGCGUCGGACAUUUCUCUGAGUGUCCCGCGGGAAAGUUCUUUUCGUGGUGUGCCCUAUUCAGCACCAGUGAAUGUCACGGUUCACGUGCAAGCUUACCCAGAACCCAAGGAUUCUCGCAGAUAGCACUUCCUCAACUUCCUUUUUGUUGUAUAUAUCUUUCUUCAAGUUUUACUCUUGUCUGUCAGUUGAUGCACUGCCAAAUUACUUUGUACAAUGGGUCUUGUAAAUAGUGUAUAUAUAAUUUCACGGUUACAUUACUGAACAAAAAAGCGUUUUUGCAUUUUUAACCUGUUUUGUGGGUAGUAUCUUAUGAAAACGGGGCAUAACAGAAGGUUGUCAGCCUAUUUUUCUAAGGAAUGCUAUAAUAGUGUAGUGGCAAACACCUGUGUUAAUAGGAUGUGUUCAUCACCACGAAAACAGUGGGCAUCACUCGUGGCCUUGUAUGAUGUUUAAUUUUUAUGUUAUAUAUAUGCACAUGCAGAUGGUAUGAGGGCAUCUGGUAUUUUUGUACAAUAUUUCUCUCCUGUGCUCUCACUAGCCAUGUAGUGCCGGUGUUGUGCAAGGAAAUGUGCUCGUUAUACCAGGGUUUUUUAAGAAGCACAAUUUAAGCAGUAUUUGCUUUGUAUAGCUACUUUUAAGCAUUGUGCCAUCGUGCAUUGUAUGAAAGAUGCUCAGCUGUACAGAUUACUAUACAAUAAACAAUUUUCAAAUGCAUUCCCACGAAAUGGUCCUCACUUUACUGCUGCAGCACUGUACAGGAGCCAUGCGUUCUUAGGUUGCUGUGUAGAAUAUUUUUGAGUUUAGCCAUGUUGAACUUAAAUAUAAACAAACAGUUCUUUACGCAAUGUUGCACGCACAAUGAUU